ACAUUCAAACUUGUGCUAUCAGUCAGUCUGUGGAUCCUGUCACGACUGGAAGUAUAUAGUAAGUUUGUUUGUCUAAACUUAGCCGACAUUUACAAAACUAUAGGCUACUAGGAGUACUAGCCACCUGGACAUCUCAAAAUGUUUUUCUUACAGCUCCGGCAGUUAAUGUGGAAAAACUACCUCGUCAGAUCACGAUCAAAAGCACGGGUCAUUGCAGAAAUUAUCUGGCCUUUGGCAGUAUUUAUCAUUUUAGCUCUUGUCAGGCUAGAAGGUCUAAAGGAUUACGAAAAAGAAUGUUACUUGAAAGAAAAAGCAUUGCCUUCAGCGGGUCCGGUUCGAUUUUACCAAAAUUUGAUUUGCACUUCGAUGAACUGGUGCUACAAUGACUAUCAAAAUAACACAAUUUUAUUUAAUGAAGCAUUGGAGUUUGAGCGAGCUAGAGAACUGAUUAGCGAAAUAGACACGGCCAUGAUAAGGAGACUCGCUGUCGAUGAGCAGUCAAACAAUUUAGAUUAUUCUUCCGGCCACACACAAUUAUCUCUCAACUACAGGGCCACCUACAAAGAAGGUCGCCAUAAUAAACAGUUGCAAAAUUCCUCGGCUUUAUCGUUACAAAGUAUGAGCAUGGAUUUCCUUCCAUCAUUGGCUUCAGAAAUUAUUUUCGAAGUACUGGAAAAGUCACGUGGGGGUGUGAGUGAUAACCAAUCACAGUUAUUAUGUAACACAAUUUUUUUAGAGCAAUACCGAGGAUUAUUAGAAGACUCGAUGAGUAACGAAAAUAAUCCGGAUUGGUUGGUAGAGCGUGUAAUCCACCAUGAUACAGAUUUCUUUAUUAAGGACACAGAAACAAAUUUGUGCACAGAGGAAUGGGGAUCUUUAGAAAAUUUGAACCAUUUAUAUAAAGACGUUCAUCUUUUGGGCAAGACAUUCCCUAUUUUUCAGGAAAUUUCCGAUUCGAAAAUAGGGAAAUUUGCUCAGAGACUAUGGAUUGCAACUACCGGAAAUAAAGCAGACAAUGAAUCAAAUUCGACUUCCAUUAUUCCUAUCCUGAAUGCAGUGUGUGGUGGAAGUUUUCAACCUCCCUAUAUCCCUUCCCCCAGCUUAAAGACAAUCCCCAAAUUUUCUAAAGCUAAUCCUUUUCGUCGAAGGAUGAGUGUUUUUGAAAGGGAUUCUGUUGCUGAAAGCACUGACAACUUCCCGGAAAUUUGCAGCAGUCUUUUUGGAACUAUGCAAAACAACUCGCAAACUGAAACACUUUUUGAGUAUCUCUAUCCGUUGAUAAGGGGAAGACUGGUAUACGCACCCAACACUCCCGCGUUUUCUCGUUUGGUCGAAAAAAUAAACUCAACAUUCCAAGAUAUAAGAACAAUUCAAAAUUUAUCCAAUACUUGGUUGGAAAUUUCGCCCAACAUAACUUCUGUGUUGAAUCGACUCGAGGAAUCCGUUACGGAUGCCAUAGAUAAUUUUGAAAAUUCCACUGCAAUUGUUUCAAUCUUAGAGGAAGCCCUUCUACGGAUAAACAAGAUUCAAACUACCGUGAUGCAGAUAGACGCCCUUGCCACAUUUUUUAGCACUUACAUAGAGUGUUACGAUUUCGAUAAAUUCGAAGGAUAUCCCACUGAAGAGGAAGCUGUUGCUCGUGGUAUCACUUUGUUGAACCAAAAUCAACUAUGGGCAGUAAUUAUAUUCGAUAGCGCUGACGCUAAUGUGACAUCGGAAGACGAACUGCCUUUCCACAUAUCAUACAAGAUAAGAAUGGACAAAUUUGUUAUUGAUACAACCGAAAGACUUAAGGAUUAUAUUGAAACACCUUAUCCUCGGAAUGAUCCAAGAUAUGGGCAUAUGAAAUACUUUACCUCGGGAUUCAUAUUCUUGCAGGAUAAGAUCGAACAGUCAAUCGCAUCCCUUCAGUCUAUGACAGAAAAUUUGCCGAGCAUGUUUAUGCAACAGUUUCCGAGUAAUUGUUUCGAGUUUGACACGUUUCUAUUCGCUAUUGGGCCAAGCUACCCGCUUUACAUGAAUCUGGCAUUCGUGUUUUCUUGUGCCAUGAUCAUCAAAUCAAUCGUUUACGAAAAAGAACGCCGACUCAAGGAAACUAUGCGGACAAUGGGCCUAGGCAACGGAGUUCAUUGGAUGGCUUGGUUCAUCGACAGCUUAUCAAUACUGCUCUUUGCCUGUGUCCUUCUACCUAUUAUUAUUUACUUUGGAAAUAUUUUGGAAAAAUCGAACCCGUUCGUCAUUUCCGUUUUCCUGAUAAGUUUUAGCAUCGCGACCAUUUGCUUUAGUUUCUUGGUUUCCACUUUCUUCAGCCGAGCCAAUCUCGCUGCCGCCUCCGGUGCAUUUAUUUAUUUUCUGACUUACCAACCAGUCAGUCUUCUUGACUUGGGGUUUAGUACCUCGCCUUAUGUCACCAAUAUUUUGUUGAGUUUAUUUUCCAACGUUGCAUUCGGCAUAGGAAAUGCGUAUGUGAUUGGUCUUGAAGAAACUUCCGGUGGUGCUCAGUGGAGUAACAUCGGAACAAGCCCAAGAGAAGGCGAUACCUUCUCGCUAUUAGAAUGCAUAUUGAUGUUGUUAUUCGAUUCCGUCCUUUACUUAGUAAUGACGUGGUAUAUUGAAACCGUCUUUCCAGGACAAUAUGGUAUCCCAAAACCAUGGUAUUUCAUGUUCCAGUCUUCCUACUGGUGUUCAAGUAAAGGACAGACUGUUCCCAUUACCUCCUUCGAACCGCGCGCUGAAGCAGAGAAUUCGGAACUAAUCGAAGAGGAGUCGAACAGGAAUCUGAUGGUUGGAGUGAGCAUCCACAAUCUUGGAAAAACGUAUUCAAACGGAAAAGUCGCCGUCCGUAAUCUCAACAUAGAUUUUUAUGAAGAUCAAAUUACUUCCUUUCUUGGACACAACGGAGCCGGCAAAACAACAACAAUCUCUAUUCUGACGGGACUAUUUCCUCCGUCAAGUGGAACCGCAACAAUCAAUGGGUUCGAUAUACGUUAUCAAAUGGAUGAUGUUCGCCAUCAACUUGGGGUUUGUCCACAACAUAAUGUCCUAUUUGAUCAAUUAACAGUAGAAGAGCAUUUGCAAUUUUUUGCAAAUUUAAAAACAGGAGAACAAAUCGAAUCUAGGAAAGAAAUCGACAAGAUGAUUGAGGAUUUAGGGCUGUCGCCUAAAAGGCACGACAUUUCCGAACACCUUUCCGGUGGAAUGAAGAGAAAACUAUCUAUAGGUGCAGCUUUUAUCGGAAAUUCGAAAACAGUAAUUCUGGACGAACCAACAGCGGGAGUCGAUCCAUACUCUCGACGAUCAAUUUGGGACAUUCUUCUCAAAUAUAAAGCAGGCCGAACCAUUAUUUUAACUACUCACUUUAUGGAUGAAGCGGACUUGUUGGGAGAUCGUAUAGCUAUUAUUUCCCAAGGGCAAUUGAAAUGUUGUGGCUCUUCCCUUUUUCUAAAGCAGAAACUAGGAUCCGGUUAUUAUCUUACGGUCGUAAGGAAAGACGAGAGUGAGCGCACCGUGAACGACGGUCAAGCAAAUGCAGAUCUUGUUUCACGAAGAGCAAAUGAAACAGAUGGAAUUGUGAAUGUGGUGAAACGACACAUCGCAAAUGGAAGUAUUGUAGAAAAUGUAGGGUCUGACAUCGUAUUCUGCCUUCCUGAAUUUGAUGAAGCAGGAAUCCGCCAGAGAGACAAGUUUCCCAUUCUUUUUGAUGAGCUCGACUCAACAAUGGAAGAGCUUCGUGUUGAUAGCUAUGGGGUAUCGGAUACAACAUUAGAAGAGAUUUUUUUGAGAGUAGCAGAUGAUCCUUCCGCCGACUCAAAUUUUCCUCAAACUAAUGUUGCCGACCUUGUUCAAGAAGAUGGAAAUGCACACACGGAAGAAAUCGGAAGUUCUGAUUCGUUUAACCUAGAUUCUUCGGAAAAAUUAAAAGGGAAGAGAUUAGUUGCCCAACAGAUGAAAGCACUGUAUGUUAAAAGGUUUUGUAACUCCAAAAGAAAUGUAAAAGGAUUUUUCUGUGAGAUUGUAUUGCCCUGCAUCUUAGUUCUCAUUGGGGAGUUAUUUUCUUUAACUCUCCAUCUGGAAGAUCCUGUUCCUGCUUUAAAACUUUCGCCCUGGCUUUAUGGUGAUGUCAAUGAAGUAUUCUACGUAAAUCAGCAACCUACUUUAAAUUGGACCAACGAGUACAUUUCUAACAUGCUCAAUGAAACUGGACUGGGAGUCCGUUGUCUGGACGGCGAACCGUUAUACGGAUUGGAUUGUUCCUCCAAUGAUAUUGGACUCCUAAAUCCAUUGGCUAACCCAGAUGAUUAUCAUCUCUAUAAUUGCCCAUGUACUGACCUUGGUGUUCCUAUUUGCCCAGCCAAUAGCACUCAGCAAGGAGAACUGUUUCGCUACCGAUCUGUCUCUUCUGACGAAUUUUACGAUCUUGCUGAGAAAAACAUAUCAUUGUGGAUUCUCCGGACAUACGAGGAAUUGAAAGACGUCAGGAUUGGAGGUUUUGAAUUUGGCGUACAUAAUAUAAUGAGGUCAAUAAACUUGACGCAGCUACAAAGAAACGUUAGCGAAAAUAUCGUGAGGGUUUGGUUUGACAACAAAGCCUGGGCUUCUUCCGUAUCCUAUUUGAACGCCAUUAACAACGUCAUUUUGCGAUCAUCAUUACCUCCAUCCAAAGAUCCGUUUCUCUACGGGAUAACUGCAAUCAAUCAUCCGAUGGAAUUUUCAUCUAGAGAAGUAGUUAAAAAUGAACAAGUCGCGGUUAGCCUUGCGUUCGCGCUAACUGUCUUAUUUGCCUUGAGCUUCGUACCUGCGUCGUUUGUUAUCUUUUUGGUAGAAGAACGCACUUCCAAAGCCAAGCAUCUUCAGUUUGUCUCUGGAGUGAAACCUACCACUUUUUGGUUUGCAUCUUAUACUUGGGAUGUGGUGAACUACUUGAUUCCCUGUUUCUUGGUAAUCCUCAUAUUUCUUGGAUUUGGCCAAUGGGAAUACGUUGGAUCUACAAGCAUUGGUGGUUUUAUUCUCUUGAUGGCGCUUUUUGGGGUUUCGGCCAUUCCACUGAUGUACCCAUCAAGUUUCCUCUUCUCUGUGCCGAGCACGGCCUUUGUCGGACUUGCAUGUGCCAAUUUAUUUAUUGGAGUAGUCACUGUCAUUUCUUCCUACGUACUCCAGCUUUUUGACGAUGAGCACUUGAUCCAAGUAGGUGAAAUCCUCGACCAGGUUUUCCUCAUAUUUCCUCAUUUUUGUCUCGGAAGAGGACUCAUCGAUUUAGCUGAAACCUAUUUCACGGCUAAGAAUUUUGAAUUGAUCGGAGUUGUUUAUGAGAGAAACAUAUUUGAAUGGAAUUACCUUGGCCGUUACUUUGUGUCCUUUAUAUUGCAAGCCAUCAUUUUCUUCGGAUUUAACCUGAUGUUACACUAUCCAUUCUUCCCAAAAUUGAUCGCCCGUUAUUAUAAGUACAAAGCCAUACCUCCAUUGGGAUCUGAAGAUGUAGAUGUCGCACGCGAACGCGCUAGAGUGGAAAAAACUGAUGCAUUUAUGGAUGAAUUGCUUUUAAAACGAUUAACAAAGGUUUACAAUGGACAGAAACAUCCCGCUACUGAUAGGUUAUCUUUCGGUCUUAAGAAAGGGGAAUGUUUCGGCUUACUUGGAGUCAAUGGGGCCGGAAAAUCUACUACGUUUAAGAUGCUAACUGGAGAUGAGACUGUAACAAGUGGAAACGCUUUCGUUGGAGGAUCCUCUGUCAUCACAAAUUUGAGUGAAGCGCAACAAAACUUGGGUUACUGUCCACAAGAAGACGCCCUUUUACCCCUACUGACAGGUGUCGAACAUCUACAACUCUUCGCAAGGCUUCGUGGCGUUCCAAGUCGAUACAUCGAUAAGCUUGUCAGCGAUAAGUUACGAAAAUUAAGCUUGCUCCCCUACAAAGAUCGGUGUGCUGGAACUUUUUCGGGAGGCAAUAAACGAAAGCUAUCAACGGCUAUUGCCUUAGUCGGCAACCCCGCUGUCGUGUUCCUCGAUGAACCUUCAAGCGGCAUGGACCCUAGAGCCAGACGUUCUCUUUGGCAAGCUGUGAUUGAUGCCGUAAAUGACUCGCGUUCUGUUCUGCUCACUUCGCAUUCCAUGGAAGAGUGUCAGGUUCUGUGUACUCGUCUAGCGAUCAUGGUCAACGGAACGCUACGCUGUUUAGGCUCGGCUCAACAUCUUAAAAACAGGUUUGGCGAUGGUUACAUGAUCAACGUUCGUUGCGAAGUGGAGACCAUCAGCGAAGUGUUGCAGUGCGUUGAAUCGCUUAUACCUGAAGCGAAGUUACGAGAACGACGAUCUCGUCAACUGAUUUGGCAUGUAAAACCGAAUCUAUUACAGAUUUCAACCCUAUUUCAACGAAUGGAAGCCGCUCGAACGACUACCCCAAUGGUCGACUAUUCCAUCACCCAGACCACACUGGAUGACGUAUUUGUUCGAUUUGCACGUUUGCAACGAGAGACGAUUGACGACAACAGUGAAGAACCCGAAUUUGACGCACUGUCAACGCAUUCUGGAACACAUACCAGUAGCGUUACAACGGACGACGACCUACAUACAGCGUUCUAAUGAAACUUUUAGAAACUCGUAUUAUUUCAGUCUAUAGCUUGAGAGCUCGCGUUUACUUAAUUCUGUAUGAUUCACCGCGUAACAAAAUAAGAUGAAACUUUUACACCCGUAAA